GACAGAUACCAUCGACCGGCGAGCGUGGCGAGCUUCGCGACGUUCAUUGAGAAGUGAAGCAUGGUAGUAGCGCGUAAAUCGAUCCUCCGGCUUGUAAAAAGGACCGAUGAGUCAGUUGUGAACGACACAUUGUAUCGUUUGUAUCGUUAUUACUUUAGUUGAUCUUACCUGAUAUACCUGCUAGAUCUUGGGCAAUUAAAAGAAGAAAAUGGCCCUGUACGACAAUCAGCACUGGCUUCUGUCGCACGUCAGGGAUAGCUUCCUCGCCACGGAUGACACAGGUAUGUGUGAGAUGGUAAUGCUAGGAGAAGACAUUCCAAAGCAAAUGCAGGAAAGUGGAAUGUUGCAAUGUUAUCCUGGAAGGGAGGAGAGCGACGAUGAGGAUGGAUUGGAUGCACUGGCGGAGUCUUAUGACAUACAAAUGGACAUGGAAUUCAGUCACAGACAGAGAUCCAACACUGCACAGAGGCUUGAAAAGAUGGACAUGGAAAGGAAGAAAGCUGCCAAAGUCAAGCACGUCAAGUGGGAACAUAAUCCUAAUGUUGUAACACCUAUGGAUCAGUCAGAGUUAUUUCAGAGGAAGGACUUUCGUAAGAACACGUCGCUGAAGAGAGGACACUCUCUUCUCUCGGAGCAGCUCGAGAAAUGUCCGAACUUACCUCAGAAUCCAUUCAAGGAAUAUGCCAAAUUCGACGGCAAUGCACAAGUUGGUAUACCCGUAAGGAAAUACAGGAUAUUCAUGUGCAUGCUGCCGAAGGAGGAGAGAACGUAUCCGCUGCAGGUGGUCGUCACGGCGACUGCACGCGUGCUAGACUUCAUCGGGCUGAUUUGCUACAAAUAUGCAAGUGAACAUCCCGAUCAUAAUUUGAAAGAGGACAUCUCGCGCUACGGCCUCUACAUUACUGAAGACGAUGGCGAGGUAGACUGGGCUUUUCCAUGCUUAGACCUGCGCGAGACCAUCUCAAAGUUCGAGUUCACGACGUUGGGUUUGAUUGAGAUGAAGCCGAGCGACCUGGCGAGGCAUAACGCCGUCAGUUGCGUGGAGAAGAAGGACGAGGAGGACCUGGAAGGUAAAGACAAGGAGCAGGAGGAGGUCGCAAACGAUUUGGCGAAGAUGGAGGGUCAUACCACAGCGAUGGAAGCACCAUUGUAUCAAUCAUAUAGGGUAUACAUAAUUAACAAGAUGAGAGCAAAAACUGAGAUUCACCUGGGUAUAUCAGGCGAAAAGAUCGAGAUAGACCCGGUGAUAACAGGUAAAGGCGCAGCCAGGUUUUGGAACCGGCAACGUGCAGUUAGUUAUCAUAUAGACAACAUCGCUUGGUGCGAAGUGACAGAGACUAAGGGAUCGAAAACCAUGUUCACGCUAGUUUACACUCCGCAGUCGAACGCUCCGGAUAAUUUUCUGGGCCAAAGUCAUGCGCUUCACCAAUCAGCGUCAUUCAAAAAUCAUGAUUUCGAGGCAGACUCUGUGACGGCCGAGGAGAUCGUAAGAAAAAUCAAUCAUAUCUUGGAAUUGCACAGUAGCGCGUCCAGAAAGGAGUAUCUUGCUCAGAAGGAGAGGAAGGCCGCCAGGAGAAAGAGUUUUCAUCUACACAGAUGACAGCUCUACUGGCUGUUCCGUGCAAUCUUAGAUUUCUUGAGGCAUUGAGCAUUAUACAACAGCAGAUGAUUGUAAGGGAAGGAAAUAUCUUUGUAUGAUCAAAUAC